AUGGAUAUCACUACUGCUCCUGGUGCACCCGGAGACGCUGCCGCCGAUACGAAACCCUCGACAUCCUCCAACGCCCGAGAGACGUCGUCUGCCAACGGCGCAGCCACCACCAACCCUGUCGCCGACACCCCCGCCAAGCCUCGACAGCGCAGUCGUCGGAAGCACAACGAGGAUGCGGACGACGCUGCGAAACGAAGAUGUGUGUCGACGGCGUGUAUAGCUUGCAGGAAACGCAAGAGCAAAUGCGAUGGCAACACGCCGGCAUGCGCGGCUUGCAAGCAGGUGUACCGUACCGAAUGCAUCUACGACCCGAACUCCGACCACCGCCGCAAAGGCGUAUACAAGAACGAUAUCGACAAUCUAAAGACCCGCAAUUCGACCCUCCAAACCCUCAUCCAAGCCAUCCUCAACUACCCUGAAGACGAUGUGCCGGCGCUGAUAAGAGAGAUACGGACAUGUGAGAGCUUGGAUGCGGUGGCAGAAAAGAUUGCGGCAAAGGACAAUGGAUUGGCUGAGGUGGAUGAAGACGACGACGAUGCCUCGCCAGGUGCAGAGCCAUCUAGCCAUGGCGCGCCGUCGUUUGAAUCACACUUGUUUGGAAAGAUGGGAGACCUGCGGCUGGACUCGGGUUCUGUGAGGUACAUUGGUGGGACGUCCAAUCUGAUACAUCUGGCGCAGGAUGAGGAGGACAACUCCAACACGGAUGACUAUCACCAGCAAGAGGAUGCGGUUACCUCGUGGACAAAUGUCACCAAUGAUGGAGAGCUGGUGGUCCAUCUCCUCAACAUGUACUUCACCUGGCAUUACCCCUUCUUUACGACGUUGUCGAGACAGCUGUUCUAUCGCGAUUUCAUGCUAGGCCGGCCACCGCCGCAUACAAGACGAAAGACUCACUACUGCACGCCGUUGCUGGUCAAUGCAAUGCUGGCGCUGGGAUGCCAUUUCACUUCACACGGCGGAGCUCGUGAUAAUCCGGAUGACUCUGCAACUGCUGGCGAUCACUUCUUUCGAGAAGCGAAACGACUUAUCAUGGAGAAUGAUGAACACGAGAAACCUCACCUCACCACAGUGCAGGCUUUGGCGUUGAUGUCAGUACGAGAAGCUGGCUGUGGCAGGGAAGCAAGAGGCUGGGUCUACAGUGGGAUGUCUUUCCGCAUGGCUUGCGACAUGGGCUUGAAUCUUGACUCCAGCCAGCUAACCUCCAACAAGUUUGUCAGUGGUGAUGAGAACGAAGAAGAUGUGAGGAAGAUCACUUUCUGGGGCUGCUAUCUGUUCGACAAAUGCUGGUCCAACUAUCUCGGCCGGAUACCGCAGCUCCCAUCAUCCAUCGUGACAGUUUCCAAAUAUGAAGUCUUCCCGGAUGAGGACUCUUCACAGUGGAGUCCAUACACUGACUCCGGCUUCACUCAAGCACAUGCUCAGCCUGCGCGGACGAGAGCAGUGGCAUUGCAGAUAUCGAAGCUGUGCGAGAUCAGCAACGACCUGAUGAAGCAUUUCUACGACCCGACGGAUAUGGACAAGACUAAGGGCAAAGCAGUCGAACUCAAGAAGCUCUCAGACAUUCAUACACGGCUUGAGGGCUGGCGACGAGAUUUGCCCAAAGAACUCGAGCCAAAGGAAGGCAUUCUCGCUAGUGUUUUGGUGAUGCACAUGUUCUUUCAGCUUUUGUUCAUCCACCUCUUCCGGCCUUUCCUGAAGUACACCCAAGCGACAUCACCUUUACCAAAUACAGUCAGCCCUCGCAAGCUCUGCACACAAGCUGCCGCGAUGAUAUCGAAGCUCAUGCGCCUAUACAAGCGCUCGCACGGUCUGCGUCAAAUACCCAACGUCGCAGUGUACAUCACGCAUUCGGCAUGUACGAUCCACUUGCUGAACUUGCCGGACAAGAACGCCAAGAGAGAUAUCGUCCACGGCCUGAAGCAUCUCGAGGAGAUUGCCGAAGGCUGGCUUUGCGCUCGACGCACCCUUGCAAUCCUCAGCGUCUUGGCCAACAAGUGGAAAGUCGAGCUACCUGAAGAUGCGGCUGCUGUACUUGCCAGGACUGACGCAAAGUUCGGCUCUUAUGGCGCCGAGCUUCAGUCUCCUUCCCAGAGACGGGCCUCCGAGAUCUUCGUGCCGCCUCCGACAUCGAGCCCUCAGCACCAGCAACAACAACCACAAUGGCAGCAGCCCCAAAUGGCAGCAGCCAAUGCGUACUUUAGACCGCGGCCGAAUGUGGCGGCAGCGAGCACAGGAGCUGCGGUACGAUCCAACAGCGGCAGCUACAAGUCGCCUCCCCAAGAUGCAUCAGGCUUACUAGCACAGCAGUAUCCGUCCGCGACCACGACACCUGCGACUCCUCAGAUGACUUGGCAGCAGCGUAUACAGGCGGGAGGCAGCCCAAGUGAAAUGUUUGGCGGUGUCGAACAGCUCAUACGCGAUAGCUCGGACUGGGCGUUUCGUGAUCAGGCGCAGCUUGCGACUGGUUUUGAGAAUUGGGAUUCGGUCGCAAUGGAUCCAUCAGCAUGGACGACGACAAGCCCCACGAAUGGCAGUAUCAAUUUACCCGUCAAUGGCGGUGGUCCUGUGGGUGGUGCUGUGAUGGGCCAGCCGAAUGGAAAUGUCGCGGUGCAACAAGCAACAACCAUGACAAUGCCGCCAAACCCCAACAUGGCAUACGCGCAGACGACACAGGCACAGAACAACGGCCACGACGGCAUGGGAAUGGUGAAUUGGCUGAACAGCAUGAACACCUACAACAGCAUGGCGGCGUCGUAUAACGAAGAUGAAUGGUAUCAAUGA